UUUUCACUAUGGUUUGUACCAUGUUUGUACUUAAACUAGAUUGUGAAUAAAUAGUGUAGUUGGUAGUCAUGAAAUUAAUAUGGUGGUUGAGAACGCGUGCUAAGUGUGGGUAGUUCGACUGAUAACAGAAAAGUAUAUUUUUCUCAUUUUAAAUAAAUAAAUUAAUACGAAAAAAAAUUCUGCAUUAUAUAUAAAUUUUAUGUAAUACGUAUUCUGAAAAUAUGGCAGAAUCAGUUGGACCAAUACUUCAUGUAAUUGUCGUUGGAUUUCAUCAUAAAAAAGGAUGUCAAGUAGAGUAUUCAUUUCCUCCUUUGGUGCCUGGAGCUCCGAAUGAAUGUCCAUUAGGUUGGAAAUAUUUACCAACCCUUGCUUUACCAGAUGGAUCUCAUAAUUAUGACGAAGAUACAGUUUACUUUCAUUUACCUAGUUUGAAUAAUCCAAAACGUACAAUAUAUGGUAUUUCAUGUUUUAGACAAAUUCCUGUUGAGAAAUUAAAAAAUCGUACAUCUGAUAUAACAAGAGGUACAGUUCAAAAAUCUGUGUGCGUAUUAAGCACUUUACCAUUAUAUGGUCAUAUUCAAGUAAAAAUGGCAUUGAUAACACAUGCAUAUUUUGAAGAAGGUGACUUUAGUAAAGUAUCAUUAUUGGAAGAUACUUAUCAUCACCUUAAUUCUUGUAUGAGUUGUGAGAGUCAAAUACCACCACAAAUCUUUGUUGGAUUAUCUGCAAGAGAUUUUAUAUUGCAGUUUCGCCAUAAAGUUCUUUUAUUGUUUAAACUACUUCUACUAGAAAAAAAAAUAGUUUUUUAUCAAUCACCAGUUCAACCAUUAUGCGCUACAAUAUUAACAUUACUCUCAUUGUAUCCUGGCAUGAUAGAACACGGUUUACAACAAGCUGCAUGUGUCAGACCAUCUAGACCCAUGUCUCCUAUUCCUACAUUUGAUGAGGAAGAAAUAUCAAUAAAUAGCAUUGAUAACAAUAUAUCUUCUACAAAUUGUGUCAAAGACAGCAUAUCUGAUAGAAUGGCAGUGCAUAUUAACGGUAAUUCAGAUAGGAAUUCAUUAUGCAUAAACGAUAAUAAAGAUAUUGAAACUAUGGAAGGUAAAUGUAUGGAUGAAUUUAAAAAUAUAACAGUACAAAAAAAUAAUAAUGAAAAUGAAAAUUUAAAUAUGAAAGUUAUUGAAGUUGAAUCAGCACAAGAAUGUACCAAAUCUUAUGCGGAAGAAAAUAAUUCUAUAUAUUCUUCAAAGCCAAAUGACAAUAUACACAGGGUACAGAGUAUACAUACAAUUACAUUAAGUACAACAGACACUGAUAAUACACUGCCACGUGAUACAAGUAACGAUGCACUUUCGGACGCACGUUUGACAAAUAAUAUUACUCAAAUUGCUCAUAUAAAUCCGGAACUGUGUGGUUUACCCUUAAACAUAUUUACAAAGGGUUACCUAUGUUUGCCAUACCUGUCUUUACCAUAUUUAGAUCUUUUGGCAGAUAUUAAUGUUAGAGGAUAUAUAGUGGGUGCAACAAAUGUUUUAUUUAAACAAAAAAAACAACUUAUUGAUGUAUUAGUAGAGGUUGAAAAUACGAGGAUAGAAACAAGCGAUCCAGAAUUAAGGAGGCAAUUACAUCUUACAACUGAGGAUUUGAGAUUUGCGGAUUACAUAGUCAGACAUGUAGCAGAGCCACGCAAAGAUAUAUUUUUGGAUGGUGUAGGAUGGGAAGGUGGAGACGAAUGGAUUAGAACUCAAUUUCGAGUUUACUUAUUGAGCAUGUUGAGAACAUCUAUGCAGCAAGAUACUCGUCAGUCUGAUCAUUACAAUUCUGCAUUUAUAGCUGCUUGGCGCUCGACGAAUAACUAUAAGAUAUGGAGUAAUUCUAAUAAGCCAGAAAUUAAUAAUAUAGAACCAGGUCAUCCAUUUGCAGGACAAUUAUCAGUGCAAGAUAUGAAAUUACGAUUAUCACAUACAAUGCAAAAUACAGAAAGUGGUAGAAAAUUAAAUCAAGCAAUGGCAUCAACUGGAAGAGCGGUUGCAACAACUGGGAAAGCAGUAGGUGGUGCACUGUCACAAGCUAAAGGAGCUUUCUCUAACUGGUGGAGUACAUUAACGACAGUUCAACCAGUAGAGGAAGGAAAGGCUGCUGACAAUCAAACCUCAACUAUGCAUCAAACACUUUCAAAUAUAACUAAUAAAACUGCUGUUGAAAACGAAGAAAUUAAUGUAUCUACUAGUAAUACAAAUUUCGGGAUGGUUGCGGAUUAAUACGAAACGAUAUACAAAUUCCAGUUAUUUGUUAAAAUGAUUAUGAAGCUAACAUUUUUUUCGAAACGCACAAGGAAUCAUCUCGAAGUGACUAUUAAAAAUUAAUAGGAAGAGUUUGUAUUCUCUUUAACAGAAGUCAUCCACAUUAGUGGGCGAAAGAUCGCUCUUGAAAUUACUUAGUCCAAUACCUUGAGGUUUAGUAGACAUAGAGAAAUAGUGAAAAUAGACAAAUUCGGCAAUAAAAUCUGAGAAAGGCCAUUUUUUCUUAAUAAUAUAUAGAAAAUUAUUACAUUUUCAUUAACUUCACUCGUUAAACACUCAUCCACAGCUGAAAAAAAGUCAAUACGCGUGAAUUAACUUCCAAAAUAUAAAACUCGUACAUGUAAGAAUUUUGUAAUUCACUUCGGGAUGACCCUUUGCCAGAUGAAAAAGUAUGAGAUCGGAGCCUCCAUAUCUAAUAGACAGGAGUAACAUGAGGAAUCAUCGAGGGUGCCUUAGCGGAGUUGUAUAGGUUGCAGUUGGCUAGCCGACAAAGUACGAAUGAGGCGGGUUCGAUUUUUGCUGUCAGGACUCUCAUUUUUUCUCGACUCCUACAAGAGUGAUGGUACAUCUACUAUCUCUAAAUAAAUAUGAUAGAAUAAAAGUAAUUUAUUCAUACUAUGCAAAUAGCAUGUAUGUAAAACAGAGAAGUUAGCUACUUCUCAGAAAUAGAUUAUGUAAGGAAAAGUAUAAAUCAGAAACCACAUAGUAUAAGUACUUGUAAUAAAAUUUUGAAUAAUAGAAUGUAUCAAUGUGAUAAAUGUGCUGAAGAAAGGUAUAAUGUAUAUUUUUAUGUUAAUAUUUCGUUUUAUUAACUCGUUAAUUAUUUUCUUCUCAUGAUUGUUGUGAUCUUCCUAAUCGAGUAAUAGUGACCUUAUUAAAUAAAUAUAAAUUAUUUUGCAACAAUAUUUAUUUUUAUUCAUGCGGUAAGAUAUAUUUUAUUGACAAGUACCUGGACCUUUAUUUCGUGUGUGUAUGCGUGUGUAGUAAUAUAUAAGAAAGAGAGAGAGAGAGAGACAAAAUGGAAGAAAGUAUUUAAAUAUCCGAUUGAAACCGAUACUAUUUCAAUAAUAUUAUAAUUAUGACAUUAUUUUAGAAUAUUUCAAUACACAUUAUAUUUUUCUUCUUUUUUUUUUUUCGAAAGGCAGACCACAUUUUAUUUAAUAGUAAUUAGCUUCAGAGAUAAUAACAUGAAGAAAUUAAAAUAAGGUGCUCUGUACAUAUAUUUUAUACUUUUUACGCAGAUUACCAUCUUUGUUUUAAAAUGUAAAAUGUUUUAUUUAAUUUUAAGUAUAAAAUGUUAGAAAUUCUCUACAAAAUAUAAAACGCGCGUUAAUCUUAUACAUCUUAUUAAACUAGAGAAACCAAGAUAUGUGUAAUAGACGUAAUCUUUUUCUAUGCAAAAAUGUUUAAACAAUUUAAUGAUUUUUAUAAUCUCGAAACCAAAAACAGUAAUGUAUUAUUUAUAAUAUACUGCUGUAUCUGUAUAAAUUAUAUACGGAAUAUAAAGAACCUAAAUUCCACGCUUAUAAUAAAUAUAUAGAAUAUUUACAUUAUGUUAGAUUAAUAGAUAAGCAGUCAACAAUGUAUUUAAGUAAGAUAGGGAAUUCAUUAGAAAUUUGUUUCAUUAACUAAUUAUGCCACAAUAUUUUAACAAAUUAAUUCAAGCGUUUAAAAUAAUUUUUUGCAAUUAGAAAUAUUUGCCAAUUAAGUUUAAAUAGUAAUAGCAAGAUAUAAAAUAUUUAAGUAAAACUGCAUUGCCUAUUAGUAAACUUCAUAUAAUUAUAAAUAUCCAUUACAAUUUUGUUACAGAAGUUGCAAGAAGUUAUUGAUGAUGGAUGUAUGUACGCAAAUUGGUUAUAACGAUAAGUAAAUUGACAAUUGUGAGAUUUUGUCUGUAAUUAUCAGAAUUUCGCAUUAACACAGAAAUAUGAUACACAAUAAUAAUUACUUUUAUUUAUUAUGUAUACGUGCCAAAUUUCCUGGCACAAGGUUUAAAAUUUGUAAAAAGGUGAGUUAUGCGAAAUUUAUUAGUGUAAGAAAUCUUUUUUGUAUGUAUGUAUUUGGCUUUCACACUAUAAAACUGUAUUGUACUAGUCACCGCAUAUAUGAGUGUAUGUAAAAUCUAUUGUAUUUUACACCAAUUAUAAAUGAUGACGUUUUGUUUGUGUAUAUACAUAGAUAUCUAUAAUGUGUAAAGUAAAAACUUCGUUAAUUUUUAUUUAGUUAUUUAUUCAUAAAACAGGGUUCCCCAGAUGUGAUAGUAUUUGCAUUUUAUUUAAUCUAAUAUUUAGUUACAUCUUAUUUUCUUAAUGUAUUAUAUGUGCCAUAUAUUUAUUAUUUUAUUUUUUGUUCUUUAUACAAAUUUUAAUUCAUUGAAAUCUUUAUUAAUAUUAAAGCUAAGAAGAGAUUACAUACAUAUUAUUUGAUAUUAAUUAAAAAUGAUGUACUGUAUAAAUGUUAGGAAGGAUGAGUGAGAAAGUAUAAAGUUUGUUAAUUUGUAAUAUUUACCUCAAAUGGCUGAUAAAUUGUGUACUGUACGAAAAAUUAUUAUAUAAACCAGAUGUCUGAUAUCGAA